UUCCUAGCUUCCCAGCAGCGAACAACCAGCACUGCCUUCCAGGCAGCCAUGCAGCAGCCAGCCUGGGCAUUGCUUGCCUUCUGCAGCCUCAUCUUGAGCACUACGGUGGACCUGUCCCCAAAUUUUUGUUCCCAGACCUUUACCUCAGAUCUGAAGCCAGGAUUUCCCAAAACAAUCAAGAUCAAUGACCCAGGAGUCCUCAAAGCAGCCAGACACAGUGUUGAAAGGUUCAACAACUACACAAAUGACAUCUUCUUGUUCAAGAAGUCCCAUGUCAGCAGAGCUCUGGUCCAGACAGUGAAAGGCCUGAAAUACAUGCUGGAUAUGGAAACUGGCAGAACUACUUGCAAGAAGACCAAGCACCCCACUCUGGAUGACUGUGACUUCCAGACCAACCACACCUUAAAGCUGACUGAAUCCUCCAAUGGGAAUGUUUCGGGUUCUCAAUCCCCGAGGGAUCCCCUCCCACCCAAUUACCAGUGGCCCUGAUUAUUUCAUGGUCCCAGGUCUCGGAUGAAAGCCCAGAGAUCUAUCUAUCCUUUUGUUCAGUUCUAUAACUGUAGAUGCUCUGUAGCACUAAAUCUGCUACAGAGCAUCUUGACCUUUCAAGGAUGAUAAAAGUUAUAAAUAAAUGUGAAUAAAGAACUGAC